CCCUUUUAUUUUUUUUUUCUCAUACCUUUUCACUUUCACGUAUACCGCCGACCUAACAACGAUGCCGCGGCCAGCGAAUGCAAAGCCCAAGAAGGGCAUCAACAAGCGCAAGCUGAUGAACUCCAUGGUCAACAUCCCAAGCACUAAUCCCGACCCAUACUACCGCUACAAAAUGCCCGCACUUGAAAUUCGUAUCAACCCCUCUCGCAUCCGGACCAAUAACCCCGCAAAAGAGCCCAUCGAGACCCCCGCUUCCACCCAAAUCCAGAACCUCACCGCCAUCGCCCGGGCCCUCAAUCGCCCGCUCGAAUAUCUCUCCAAAUACUUUGAACUUGAGCUCGAGAUGCAAGGGGUCAUGGAUGAUCGUCAACGAUGGUUCAAACUCUGUGGUGGGGAGGUCUCUGAAUGGGAGCUGAUGCGUGUCCUCGACAAAUUUAUCCGACGAUUCGUGUUGUGUUAUAUCUGCAACAACCCCGAGACGGCCUUGACGAUUUUCAAUACCCAUAUCAUGAAGGAAUGUGGAGCCUGUGGACAGAGCACACGUGUGGAUCGUUUCUCGAAAUUGACGAGGUACCUCCUCAGGAACAGGAACUUUGGCAUGGGAUUUGUAUCCGUCGCUCUUGAUCCUACAAAAUGUCGGUUCUUGAAGGAGGGCGUUACUCAAACCAAGGGUACUGUCAUGACCUCCGCAACAGGGUUCAAAAACGGUGUCAAGGUCGCUAGCGCUGCAGAGAUUGAGGACGACGAUGAGGAUGAAGACGAUGACGAUGACGAGGAUCAGGACUGGAAACUGGACACAUCACUUGAGGCAGUUGCGCAGCGGAGACUGCAGGAACUCGACUUGAUCACGCGUGUGGAAAAGAUUAUGAAUGCAGGACUGGGCGACAAAGCCCGAGAUCCUUAUAAGGUGUUUGAAGAGUUCGUUACAACACCAAAGGAGGCGGCAACAGGGUCAGGCCCAGUGCUGCCAGACAAGGACGAGGUUCUCGGUCGAUUCUACACAUUGGAUCUCGAAAAGGAGGGCGCUAUCCUUGUUUUGGAAAGACUGCAGAAGCGACAAUUGGAACCGCAGGACACUGCAGCUGAAGGCAUGUCUGAAGAUAGUCCGACACCAGAAGUACCAUCGGAGCAGGAGAGCAGUAAGACAGUGUGCCGAGAGGACUAUAGCGAGAUGAUCCAGGUACUAAAGGAUAGUCUAGAGCGUGAGGUGGCUGUGGAGGGCAUCCUGGAUGAGAGCAGUAGUGGUCUGAGCAGCAGCGACGAUGAUGAUGACGACGACGAUGAGGAUGAGGAUAGGGAUGAGAAUGAGAAGAAAUAAUAAAGGCAGUUGCGAAACUGUAACCUUGAUGUUCAUUGUAUGUCUAUCGCAUAUCGCUCUAAAGAGCUCAGGACAAUGUAGUUUUUUUUUUUUUUUUUUUUUUUUUUUUUU